GGCUUGGCAAUCAUGUUUCUGUAGUAGAGGUCUUGGAUAACUUGUUGCUUUUGGACUACAAAGUCCAACACUUCCAGCCUUUGUCCAUUGUGGCUGGGGAUGAUGGGAGCUGUAGUCUAAAAAUAAGACAUUACCCAAGACUGGUCAGUAGACACCAGCGCCAGCUCACGCUCCCACUUAGCAGUUUCCUGCUAACUGAGUAAAGAGACAUCUUUUAAAGUGGUGAUUCCCUUAUAUUUAGCAGGGGGACAGCAACUGACCCUAUCCAACCCCAGCACAGCAUCCCUCCAGUGGCUGUUGCUGGAGUCUACCUUGUGUUUCUUUGUACACUGUGAGUCCUUUGGGGACGGGGAUCAUCUUAUUUAUGUAUUAUUUAUUUUUCUAUGUAAACUGCUUUGUGAACUUUGGUUGAAGCGCAGUAUAUAAAUAUCCGUCGUCAUUGCCUUGGGAUUUUCUUAAUGAAAGGUGGGGUAUAAAUUUAACAAUAAAAUAACAACAACAACAACAAUAAAUAAAUAAAGUCGUUGUCAUCAUAGAAUCAUGUGAUUCAGGGCUCUAUGCAUUCAGACAUCUGCCUGGAAUGUCUAUGUCACAUAUUAAAGUAUGUCUCUGGUGGACAGAGAUACAUGCACCAACGUCUUGGUGUUGGAACAAAAUCUUGAGCAGUGGUAUGGGUCUGAUCUGGGCCAUAGAUGCUUUUAGUAGCAAUGCCUAUAGUAAAAGUUAUCUAACCUUUUCAAGUAUAAGGUUCUGGGUUUAAUGCUUUAAAUUGUACUAUUUCACUAUUUCUUAAAAAAGAAUAUAACAAAAUAAAGAAAGGAUCUGGAUCGAGAGCCGCUGAGAUCCAUAAGAAAGGGCUCUGCGCCUGCAAGAAGACCAUGCGGUAGCCAUGCCGUAGCUUGUUGAGACGUCCAAGCCCCCUCCCCACGCAUGCAGCGUGCUAUUUAAGGGUGGUUGGACGUUCCGUCCCUCAGUUCUUUUCCGACCAGCUCAGUGUUAAGACCUCGGUCUGCCGUUCCUGUCGGAAACAUUCUUCGUGAGUUCUUCUUUGAGAAAAUUAUUCUGUUGCUCUUUUUGGACCAUCUUUUUCUUUGUAUUUGACCUGGACUGUCUGACAGUUACUGCUUGUGUAUGACUUGGAAUGGCUGACGUUCUUUCUAGUGUGUUUGACCCGGACUGGCUGACGAGAUUGUUUUGGUGCUUGACUCGGACUGGCUGACAAACUACCUUGGAUUUGAACCUACGGACCGGACUUGGAAAUUCUUGGAAAAUGGUGGAUGAUUUUAAAAAACCUUUAAGAGGUGUGAGGGCUAUAAUGCCAAACUCCCCUCUAAGGAUUUACAUGACCUCUGCUUAAUGUGUUUGGGAGAGGAACAUAAUGUGGCAGCGUGUAAGAUCUGCCUCUCCUUCUCCAAGCAGACGAGAAAGAACCAGGCCCUGCUGCUGCAUGCCACGAUCUAUGAUGAAGUCUUGAGCCCAUCGAUGCCAGGCACUCCUCUAAAGCCUGCUUCUACUACAGCGUGUCCUUAGACCUCGAAACAAUUGGGGUUGACUGGCCUUAUGACGCCAACACAUAAAGGGAUGUCGAAACACAUCUCGACACCAAGCCAUCCUCCUCUGCCUUUGUCGACGUCAACCCCUGGUCAAGGGAAAGCUUCGACGUCUAUGUCGAUGUCGGCCCCACAGAACAAGACACCCAUCUCGACAUCCGGAAAGUCAGCCCAUCAGAAGUCCUCGACAUCGACACCUAAACAUAAGCACUCGUCUUCGACCUCGCAAUCCCGACAGGAUUUGUCAACAUCGACACCGAAGCCAUAAACAUCAACACAUCAGAGGGAAUCCUAGGCAUCUACAUCAACACUGAACUCUUCGACAUCGUCAUCCACAUCGGCACGGUCACGACAUGCCUCGGGCACUGCAUCGACAUUGAGUACACAACGACCAACAAAGUGUGUGAACAAAGACAGUUUGGGCUCGCGUGUUGAGAAGUGUCUGCACCUCAUUGAUUUGACUACAGAACAUACGCCUUCUCCAUCGGACCAGCAAGAACCCGCAGAGGUGCCGGUUCCCCAAUUGAUGCAUCAACCUCCUCUUCCACAUUUAUGCGCUACAACAGUACUGGCUCCCCAACACGAGCCCCCUGCUUCAUUGUUGGGAGUUCCACACAGCACCAGGGUGCAUUCUCUGUCACCAGCAGCGACGCCACUUUCUUCUUCAACGCUGUCAAUGCCGGUCCCGCAGGCUCCUCUGAUGUCGACAUUACAUAUCCCGAUUGUGUCGCUGUCGAAACAAGUGACACCGAGCCUCCAUGCGCCAAUUCCAGCCUUCGAUGCCGAUGGUGAUGAUGAGCCCUCUGGUGCAGGACCAUCGACUCUGGAUCCCUCCAUGAUGCGCACCAUUUUAUUGAUCCUGGACUCAACAUCGAGCACACCCUCGGCAUCGACCUUUACAGGCUUCCUACCCUUGGAUGCUGAACUACCUACUGCUGCAGACCCUCAUUGUCAGCUGAGCAUCUUAAGUCAUGGCAUACCUGUGGCUUCUCGCACAUCUCUGCUCCAGUGCCAGCUCCAGCCGCUCCUCUAGGGAACUUCUCCCCGGGGGCACCUUACGAUUUCUCGGACCAUACGCAUGCUUGGAGGCCGUAUGUUCCACGUCAGAAUUACACCACUGCUGCAACUCAGACUGAGUCUCAACCCUUCGCGCAAAAGUCAGUCCAAACACUGAAUUACCCCUCACGCAGCGUUGCCACGCAGACGUCCCAGGAUUUGUCACUUAAGUCGACCAUAGAAACUCAGACUGUAGUGCCAACUUCACCGGCCUCAUCAGCCUCAGAGCACUAUGGUUUUUCUGAUCUUGAUUCAGAUCCUGAGGGUGAAGACAGUAUAGUGGAACCACUCACAGACAUGGCCCCUGCCACCUAUAUGUCACUGAACAAGGAAAUGAAAUCUUACCACAAACAUAUCCGUACCAUGGCUGAAGCACUGGGGCUGGAUUUGCACACUCAGCUUCAAACUAUUGAUGACCCUGUAUAUAACUUUAUGAUUCAGACCCAGAGUACUGCACCAGUUGCAUUGCCCAUGCUCCCAGUCAUCACUAGGGCUACAAAAUGUGACCAGAAAGUCCUACAUACCUCAACACUGACCUCUAAACCCUUGGAGAGCUUAUACAGGAUCCAGGAAAAAGAUAAUGCAUAUUUGCUGAAACACCCAGCACCAAACUCCCUGGUAACAGACUGUGCUUCCUCCUCUAAGGCGGGAAAACACCAUGUGGUGCUCCCUGAGAAAGAGGGCAGGAAGUUGGAUCUGCUUGGGUGCAAGAUUUAAUCUACAUCUUGCUUAUCGAUCAAAGUGGCUAACUAUGCGGUAUGCACAGCCAAGUACACGCAUAGUAUAUAGGAAUGCUUACUGACAGACCUGGACACCUUAUCGCUUGCUGAGUUUAAAACAAAGUUUCAAAAAACUCUAGAGAGUUCUGCAGAUUUGACAAGGCAGCAGUUGAGCAUAGCCAAGCACCUGGCGGAGUCAGAAUCUAGAUCUCUGACCACAGCAAUCACUCUGCGCAGACAUGCUUGGCUUCGGUCUACUCAUCUACAACUGCAUAUGAAGGACAAGAUUGAAGGCUUCCCCUUUGACGGCUCAGGCCUUUUUAGUGACACCACUGAUAGUGUCAUGGAACAGAUGAAAAAGUCAAAGUUUACGGCCAAAAUGUUUACUGACCAGCCUAGUACAUCCUCUUAUCCACAAAGACAUCGUCCAAGUUUUGGACUACAAAGACCACCUUACUGCCAACAGGACCAUCACGACUAUAUAAGACGUUACAACCCGUACCAGAAACAAACUUGGCCCAAGAAAUAGAAAAACACACAAUCAUGGGCACCCAAGUCCUCAAACUCCCAAAAGCGGGUUUGAGGUGUAUGCCCAUCCACUGACACCACCCUUCUCUCUAUCCCUGCCAAUGGGAGCACUACCAUCGAGGCUGCCAUCUCAUUCCAUCAGAUUGGCCAGCUAUGCCCCCGCAUGGCACCGCAUAACUUCAGACCUCUGGGUCCUGAAGACUGUGUCACUGGGAUACGCGAUAGAGUUUUGACAGCCACUCCGGUUUACUGGGAUAAGAUUCACCUCCUCCACAGAAAUGCUGAAAACAGAGGUGAAAGAAUUGUUGAAGAAGGACACUAUUGCUCAGGUGCCGUGGACGGCCAAGCACAAUGGCUUCUACUCCUGCUAUUUCUAAAUUCCAAAGCGGGAUGGGGGUUUGAGACCCAUCAUGGAUCUUCGUUGCCUGAACAAGUUUGUGCGGGCAAGGAAAUUUUGAAUGACAGCAUUACAGCAAAUCCUGCCACUCCUACAAGGGGAACGGUGGCUGGUGAUGCUUGAUCUAAAAGAUGUGUAUUUCCAUAUCAGCAUCCGACCAGAACACAGGAAAUACCUGUGUUUUACGUUAGGCAACCAGGUGUACCAAUACAAUGAAUUAUUACCAUUCAAACUGUCCACUGCCCCCAGAGUUUUUACAAAAUGCAUGGCAGUAGUGAAAGCCCACUUGCGAACACAUGGGAUCUCGAUCUACCCGUAUCUCGACGACUGGCUUCUAACAUCAAGGGACAGAAACGAGUUACGUUUGCAGAUACAAUUUGUAUUGCACCUCCUACGGGACUUGGGGAUCCAGGUAAACUGGAAAAAGUCCAACCUGGAAGUGGUUCCGGUCAUCCCUUAUAUCAGAGCAGUUCUGGACACCAAUGCCCAAAGAGCAUUCUUGCCAGAAGACCAUUUCCUGAUUAUUCAGAAUCUAGAACAACCAGAUUCAGAACCAGCUGCUACAACCGGUGCAGUCCAUCCAGCGCCUCUUGGGACUGAUGGCGUUGUGCAACACAGUCAUCCGAUAUGCUCGUCUAAAGAUGCGAAAGAUCUAACUCUGGUUUCUUUCGGUAUUCAGCCCAUUCAAGGACAGCCAGCGAAAAUGUCUGCUCCUACCACCUGAGAUCACUGUCAUGGUGGUCAGAUCGAAGGAAUCUUCUGGAGGGGAAUCGUUUCCAGAGUCCCUCGUCAUCUGCCUGGGUCAUGACAGAUGCCUCCCUGCUAGGCUGGGGAGCUCAUUGCGAGGGCAGGCAAGUAUAAAGAAAAUGGUCACUAUGACAGAGCAGCCUGCACAUCAGCUUCCUAGAACUGUUGGCAGUCUUUCAAGCCCUACGCGCAUUCCUGCCGAUGAUUCAAGGUACCUCUGUUCAGGUCCACUUGGACAACACAACAGCCCAGGCUUAUAUCAACUGCCAGGGCGGUACCAUGCCGUGCACUUUAUGCAUCCUCAGUAUCCAAUUAUGGCACUGGUGCCUGUGACAUCAAGUAUAUCCUGUAGCAGUCCACAUCAAAGGACUGGAGAAUGUGCAAGAGGAUGGCCUGAGUUGUGUAUUUCUUCAGGAUCAUCAGCACGAAUGGGAGCUCAACCCUCUAUACCUGACUCCCCUGUUCAGAUGCUGGAUGCAGCCAACGAUAGACCUCCACCAAUACAAAGUGCACCCACUUCUGUUCCAGGGUGGGUGGGACAUGACCGUCUGUCCCUAGAGGAUGCAUUUCAGUUGGACUGGACGAAGAAAUGUCCUUACAUCUAAACCCCUCAACCCUUGAUUGUCAGAGUGGUAGCACGCCUCCUCAGCGAACCCACCUCCUGCAUCCUAGUAACCCCGUGGUGGCCAAGGCAAUCUUGUUUUCCAUAGCUACACAGACUGGCAAGGAACAGGUAUCAUCUGCUCCCUCAGGCAGUGGAGUAACUAGGGAAAACGGCGCCUAGGGCAAGCACUGAAAUUGCGCCCCCCCCCAUCCAAACAUCUGACAUGCUUCUUUCAGGAAACAUGUAUUUUACCAUAAUAUUACCUAAAAAAUACAAAAAUACCAAAAAUAUAGAAAUUACAAAAAAAUACAAGUCAAGCUCGUUAAACUUUUAAUUAACAAAUUAUGACAUGUCUGAAAAUUAUAACUAGACCUUCCUUGAUACAGCAUGAUCUGUAUCACCAACAUAUAUGCCCUUCUCCAUCUUUUAUAAGGUAUAUCCUAGGAAUCGUAUCAUAUAGUCCUGCAACCAAGACACCUGCAUCUUGUUUGUGCAACUGAUGCCAAUUGAAUUGAAUUGAAUAGCCAGCGUGGUGUAGUGGUUAGAGUGCUGGACUAGGACCGGGAAGACCCGAGUUCAAAUCCCCAUUCAGCCAUGAUACUUGCUGGGUGACUCUGGGCCAGUCACUUCUCUUUCAGCCUAACCUACUUCACAGGGUUGUUGUGAGAGGAAACUUAAGUAUGUAGUACACCGCUCUGGGCUCCCUGGAGGAAGAAUGGGAUAUAAAUGUAAUAAUAAUAAUGUUAAUGAUAACAACAACAAUAAUAAUUCCUUUGCUACAGAAACAGAAAAUGCAUCAGCUUCUCAUACUUGCAUCAUAUAUCCCUGUAUGGAGUACACUUCAGAGAAGUAGAAAUACCAAGCUAUUAAACCCUUGUAAUCAUCACAAAGAUUAAGUCAGCAACAAUAUUAGCUAGGAAAAUCAAACUCUCAGAGGACACUGUGGAAAUGUUUCAUUCUUAUCAAGAUGCAGUUCUGAAGGAAUUAUUAUUACCCUGCUGUAAUAACCAUCUUCUAACAUCUGCUAUAAGCUUGCAGUGGAUAGAGGGAUCAAAAGCUUUUGUCAAAGAGGGUAAAAAUAAAGAAGAGAGUAAAAAUAAAGCAUAGGGAAAAGUGUGUCCCCAAAGAAUUCACAGGCUACUAUCCUUAAGUUUCAAAGAGCAGGAAGAUUAGAUAAUUUUGCAGAAGACUCAAACAGAAACAGAAGAAAGGGGAUGGAUGGGGGUGGGGGGGAGAGGCACACACAACCGCUUCCCUCUGCUCUGCCCAACCAAACCGAACACACGCACCACUUCCCUCCUCCUCCGCCCCUAUUGUGAAGAAAGGUAAGGGGAAAGGGAAUAUUGACUAUUGAAAGGUUCUCAGAGUUUGUUUGUUUAUAAACAUGCUAUCAGACCAGUGCCUUUGGGCUACCAGUUUUAUUUAUGUAUAUAUUUAUUACAUUUAUAUCCCGAGUUUCCUAAUGUCAGUCAGGUAAUAAAAUAAUACACGAAUGGAGAGAGCAAGCAGGGUUUUUUCUUACUUUGCAACUACUCCUUUACCAUUUAUCUCAUAUGUCCUCCAGUGUUUCUCCAAGGGGAGCUUCCUCGCCACUGGCUGCUUGCCGCCCCACCCCCCAGUAGCAUAUUAUAACUAACCCCCCCCCACUGAGAGAGACUCCCCUAAGGCUGGCCACACUCUCAGUCAGGACUCAGGAGGGAAAAAAAACCAUCCAUUUUGAUGGUGGUUUGUGCGUGCACCAGGCAGCCUGCCCUCCCGCCGCAGCUUGAGCACCCUAGCACAUGGUUACAGAAAUAAAUUUAAAAAGAGUAAAGACUCAUGCUGCAAGCACUGCACGCACACACACCUUUUAAUGCUUGCUUUUUAAAAAAUUGCGCCGUUCGCUUGAUGACCUUCUCUUCCUCCUGCUCUCAGCCCCGAAGAACAGGCAGCAGGCACCACCACCAGACACUCUCGCCAGCAGUAGGCAGCAGCCUCAAAAAAGCACACGACGUGACUGAUGAGAUCUCGCGCAAGCGCGAGUGUGUGUGAGGGCGGGGGAGGUCCAGCCGUUCGGCCAGCCAAUGGCAGCAGCAGGUGCAGGGAGCAGGCAGCGCGCACCCAGAGUAGAGACGCCGCACCCAAGGAGGAAAGGCAGGCUGCGCAAGGCAUUUGGCAAUCAGGACUCAGGAGGAUUAAGCUAGAAAUUUGUGGGGGAUGUCGACUGGGGGCGGGGGCGGGGCCAGUCAGCAUUUUUGCACCCUCCCUAUAGUGGCGCCUAGGGCACGUGCCCUGCCUGCCCCCCAUCAUUAUGCCUCUGCCCUCAGGUUCCCGACCUCUUAUCCCAGGACGAAGGUCUGAUUCUCCAGCCAGCUGUCAACACGCUGCGCCUGACUGCGUGGCGAAUAAGCUUCUAGACAACAUUUUGCUGAACCGCAGGAAGCCUUCGACUAGGCAGAAUUACCAUAAGAAGUGGGUCCAGUUUAAGGCCUAUGCACAGGGUUUUCUACCAAAGAGUGCAACCGUACAAGAUGUCCUACUAUAUCUGUCACAGUUAAAGGCCAAAGGUUUGGCUAAUGUCUCAUUGAGAAUGCAUUUGGCGGAACUGUCCUCAGUGCACCCUAGUUCUGAGGGCUGAACACCGUUGUCCCUCCCUCAGUGCAAGGCUUUCCUGAGGGGUCUAAAUAAUCUUUUCUCGCCUAUUAAGACUCCAGUGGAACCUUGGAGCCUUUCCCUAGUGCUUUCUACACCGACACAGGCUCCAUUUGAACCGAUGGCUACAUCUGACCUGAAACUACUCUAGCUCAAGACCGCUUUUCUGGUGGCCAUCGCCACGGCGAGAGGAUUAGUGAACUGACGGCACUAAGGGUGGACUCCCCUUAUACAACGUUCUACCCCGAAAAGGUCCUCAUGCACCUGGACCCUUCCUUUCUUCCAAGAUAGUUUCGGAGUUCCAUCUGAAUCAGGACAUUGUCCUCCCUGCUUUUUUCAGAAACCCUUCCUCAGCCCUGGAGUGUGCAAUGCACUCCCAGGAUGUAUGCCAGUCCCUACUUUUUUACAUGGACCACACUAAGGACUUUAGGUCUACACCUCACCUAUAAGGGCGUCUCCAAGGGCUCAUGUGUCUCCAGGCAAUGCCUGUCGCGAUGGUUAGUGGAACUUAUUGCUCUGACGUACCAGCUCCAAAAGAAAACUCCACCUAAAGCAAUUAAAGCACACUCCACUCGGGCCUACGCUUCUUCAGCAACACACCUCUCGGGGAUCAGCUUCCUGGACAUCUGUAAAGCAGCAACAUGGUCCUCUGAGAUGCCUUUCAUUAAGCACUAUGCCAUAGAUGUGCACUCUGCUGCAGAGGCGAGCUUCAAGAGAAGUAUACUUAAGUGGGUAUUGCUAUAGCACUCUGCACCCUCCUCCUUGGGAAGCUUGCUAGUCGCCCUUUCUUAUGGAUCUCGAUCCAGACAAACAGGUUGCUUACCUGUAACUGAUGAUCUGGUAGAGACUUGUCAACAUCUAUAAGACCCUCCCGGACCACCCCUCAGCAGUUGUGCUCUGCUAUGUGCAUACCUAAGUUUGUGUGCUUGCCGCCUUGGAUACGUUCAGCUUCUUCGAACUCACCUGUUCACUGGGAUGAUCGUCCACUUUGGCAGUCGUCCAAGAACCGAGGGACGUGACGUCCAACCGCCUUUAAAUAGCACACUGCAUGUGUGGGGGUGGGUCUUGGACAGAGGCGUAACUAGGGAAAACGGCGCCCGGGGCAAGCACUGAAAUGGCGCCCCCCCGCCCCCAACAUACUACAUUAUACUUAGGUUUUUCCUCACAAGCGCCCGCCGCCGCUGCCAAGCCAGGCCACUGACUGGCCGCUAGGUGCCAGCAAAGCAAUGCGGGGGGGCGCAGGUGGCGCGGAAGGGACCGCUCGUGGGGAAGGGGGCACCGACGUGCUCCCUUGACUGCUGCAGCACUGCUGCACUGAGCAGGAAACAUUUGUAUUAACAAAACAUUUUUAAAAAUUAAAAAAAAAUUGGUCAUAACGGCGCCCCCCAUGUGACCAGAAAAGAUGGCGCCCGGGGCACGUGCCCCCCCUAUAGUUACGCCUCUGGUCUUGGACACCUCGACAGGCUACGGCAUGGCUGCUGCAUGGACUCUGAACAGGCUCAGAGCCCUUUCUUAUGGAUGUCGACGGAUCUCUACCAGAUCAUCAGUUACAGCUAUUUUUAAUACAGUUUACCAACCUAUAAGUACGAACUAUAAAAAGAAGAUGGUGGAAUUAGCAGGUUUAGCUGAAACAUUACUCUUGUCGCUGACAUUAGUUGAAAAUCAACAUCCUGAGAAAUUAUGGAUAAUUAAAACAUUGCAGCACCUUUCUAUUUCUGAGGAAAACUGCAAAUUGAUGAUGAAAGCUCAGGCACCAUCAAGAUUAUGUUCUCAUCUGAAUGAUGUUGACUCCUCUGGGCAGUUCCUAUUCCGUUCCUCUGAAAUUCUCUGGAAUUUGUUAGAAAAAAGCUCCAAGAAAGAAACUAUUAAUCAGCUUAGUAAUUUGGAAUGUAUAAAUGCUCUGAAGGAAGUAUUUUUGAACCUGUUUUUGCAUGGUUCCAGCCAUUACGAUCGUCAGCUAAGAAAUGACAUUUUAGUAAUAUCCACACUCAUAGCUCAAAACCCAGGAGCACCAAUGAUUGAAACUGGAUUUGCCAAGCAGCUAAUACUUUUUGCCACUUUUUUUGAAGUGAAAAGUCAUAAUCCUUUGGUAAAAGGCUUCAAGCUUACUUACUGCUAUGAAGAUUUUGAAUUGAAAAAGUUGCUGUUUAACAUGCUUACUGUACUCUCAAAAGAUGUAUCUACUGUGCAGCUGCUGCAUGAGGGUAAAGUUAUGCUGGCUUUGUUUCAUUAUGUAAAACCAAAUGAAAAGCCAGGAGUGCUUGACUGGUCUGCAGCCCAAUAUGAAGAAUUACAGCUUCAUGCAAUUGCUACCUUAGCUAUAGUGGCUCCCUUGUUGGUAGAAGACUACAUGAUGUGCCAAGGAAAUACUCGCCUUCUCAUGUUUCUAGAAUGGUGUGCAGGCAAUGAUCCCUUCUUUGGUCAAGGCAACAGUUUCCAUGGUACAGGUGGUCGUGGCAACAAACUUGCACAGAUGCGCUACAGCUUGAGAGUACUGAAACCUGUUGUCUCCCUUGGUGAUGAUGCUGUGAAUCUUGAUCUUUGUGAUCAGGGAGCAAUUCAUCAACUGUUGGGUAUCUUGAAGAGUACAACUAACAAUUUCAAAGAAAAAGAAGAUGCCAUUGUAGUUGAAAUUCAGACUGAUACCUUUCUUACCCUGUCAACUCUUUGUGAAAAUAAUGUUCAUAGAAAGGAAAUCUUUGGAUGGGAAGGAGUGGAUACACUUAUUCCAUUUAUGAAGAUGGAUGUAAAGAAAUUCUAUAGUGGACUGGGCCAUAACCGUCUCCUUUUUAGUGCUCUGGACUGUUUAUGGUGCUGUGUGAUGGGCUGUACCAUUUUAGAGGAUUACUUUCUUGAAAGAGAGGGCCUCUUCACCCUCCUGGAUUUGCUAGUGUUAAAUGAAACGAAUGUAUGCAAUCUAAUUCUUGGAAUAUUAGUCGAGUUUUGUGACAACCCUAAAACUGUUUCUCAUAUCAAUGUCUGGCGAGGGAAAAAAGAUCAAACUGCAGCUCAUCUAUUAAUAAAUUUGUGGAGGAAAGAAGAGAAGGAGAUGGGAGUGAAACAUGAUAAACUUGGAAGAAUUGCUGAUAUUAAAAGACCAUUAGUUGGCCGCUUCCAAAAACAACAAGAAAUCAUUCCAAUGCCUGCUACUUGUCCCACUGUUGCUGUCAUGGAUGUUGCUGAAAACAUGAGAGCAAAGAUUUAUUGUUUAAUAUGUAAACUAGGCUUUGAAAAUUUGCUUGGUCUCUCUGCAAAGGAUUUUGUUACACUUGCUAUCAUACGUAGAUACCUUGACUUUAAGGUUGGUGAAAUCUGGAGUGAAGUUUGUGCUGAGCUUAAAAGAGAAAAGUUCAGACCAGCCACUGCUGAUCAGGAAGCAUUGCAAGUUAUUACUGAAGCAUUUCAAAAUGUUGGAAAGAUGGUUGUCUCCCUCCAGAAUGAAAUGCUGGAAAGCAAGCAAUACCAGGAACUUCGGGAGGAAGAAAAGGUCUAUGCCAAGAUUCAUUAUCUCCAUAAGCAGAAGGAAAUGGUAAAUAAAUCUUGGAAAAAUUUCCUGACCCGGACAUCAAAUUAUGAGGCUUUAAAGAAAGCAAAAAGACGUCAAGAAAAAUCCAUUGAUGCAUCUAGACCAAAGGAAAGACAACAUGAUGCAGUAUUCCAUCCAACUGAUAUUAAAGGCCUGAACACAACUGUUGCAUCUGGUCGCCUAGUAACCGUGGAAAGUACACCUGCUGAACUGACCGGAGGGCCACUGAUGGACACAGAGCUUGCACUCAAAAGACUCCCUAUUCGUGGAGGAGCCUUAAAAGGGGUCAAAGGAGUUAAAAUAAUGGAUUCGUUUAAAAAAGAUUCAGUAUCUGUACAAUAAACAUAGUCCAGUAGGGCUCCAGACAGCGCUCUCUCUAUAUAUAUUUUAGUGAAUUUAUGUACAUAUUUUGAGCACCUAAAUACUGUUUGUAUCACACUGGUGAAGUGUGUCGUUACUUUAUAGAUUAAAAAUAUUUUUGCUUUAGAAAUAAUGUAGACAUCAUGAUGCUAAUGAAUAAAUUCAGUGCACUACAAA